GGGAUGUGUCAUCAUUUGUCCGUUCAAUCAGUGAGUGGAGAAAAGGAGCAAUAGAAAAUGACGGAGUUGUAGAGAGAGACAGCUCAGCGAGGGAGAAACGGGGGAGGAGGCAGAUUUGAGGAGAACUAAGAAAGAAAGGGAAUGCGAGGUCUAGUUUCAGAUUUACAGUGGUAGUGGGAGAGAUUUGGCGGUGUUCUUACAGCACACUGAGGACAGAGCCAGAGAAGGAGUAAGAAGACAGAUUUACAUGAUUAGAAUAUGUCAACAGUUUGGGAUUCAAACUUAUUCCAUGGUCCCCAGAGGUUGAAUGAUGACUUUGGUGGACCAAUAUUUACCCAGCAGCCCCAGGGUGAGAUUACCUCAUAUUCUCCCGCCCAGCUGUGCUUUCUCAGCGUUUCCACGACAACCGGCGGAAUGUCCCAUCAUGUUUAUCUGCCCGCCAGGGAAACCGAGAGGAGGAGGAGGAAGCGGCGAGGGGAGAUGGAGAAGAUACACUUCAGUUAAGAGUGUGUAUACAAGAAAAGCGCUUGCAUGGAUUGAUCAUUCGGGAAUGCAAAAGGAACUUCACUACUUGUGUGUGUCGGUGUGUCCACACAGAUGUGAGCACAAGCAUCGAGCUACAGGAAGUUGAGCAGGACAUCUACCCCGCAACUGUCAAGAAGCUGAGUAACAAAAACAAAAAAAAGGCUGAAAAAAGGAGAAUGGGUGACUGAGUUCAGUAAAACAAGGCAAACAACAUUCAGGUCAGACUAUGAUCUGUCUCAACUUCUCGGAUUUGUUAUCCCCCACUAUCAUUAAAAAAUGGUGCCGCUGAUGCAGAGCACUUUAUAAUGACCGGGCGCUCCCAGAGGAUUGAAGCCCUCUGUUACACCAGCGGCCCUCUCAGCAGUCCCUGCACCGUGGACACUGUCUAGCCAUGGAAACGGACAGUUAGGCUGUUUGCUUUAAUUUGCAACAGAAAAGCUGGUGGUGUAUAGUGACAGUUAGGGAAUGUUCUGUUUGGUCUCCCCCUGGCCUGUUUAAGUGAUAAAAGUGUCAUUAUUUAGCCUCUGAAGCAGAGCAGUGAGUGCAAACAAGACUGCCUGACCCUCUGUCAAGAGCCUCCGUUCUUCAGAAGCUCAUUAAGGGCCUCCAGGACAGCACAUCAAUUGGCAGGGCCCUCGCAGUUUCCUCUCUGCCUUCUUAAGCCUCACUCGUCGGAUUCAACCCACUCAUCGGCCGACCCAGCGACACAACUGAGCUCAAUUUAGGGCUCGUGGGGACGUGAAAGAUGUCGCGCUGUGAGGUGCCAUAGGCGAUUUAUUAAAUCGGCAGGAUAGGGGCCUUGGAUUUGAGCCAAAUAGGAUCUCACCCUGUCGAGCUCUGUCCGGAUUUGGAUUCACGUGUCGAGGUGCUCUCCUGCUGUGUCCUCUGUGUCUGGGGAACGACUUCAGACGGUCCCGUGGACGCUGUGAUUGGUUCGUCCGCUUGGCUGAAUAGCAGACGCGUAAAAGUGACAUAUUCCCUAUGAGGCUGCAGUUGGAAGGCUGGCUAUGGCGCUGCAAGGCCGCUUAGUGGACUCUGCGUUAAUGCAUGUUGUCGGUGACAUGAACCUGAUAGAGUUUCCCCAGAAGUACACGUUCGGGCCGAAAGAGCAGGUGGAUACUACCCCGCCCAGCCCGGGCCACCCGACGCGGCUGAGCGACUCGCCCUGGAGCAGGGACUCGGACAACGACGUGCGCACUGCGGAGCUAUGCGCCGAGCAUCUGGUGGUGGGCCCGCCGAGGUACUGCAGGUCCAAACGCAGGAGGCUCAUCACCGUGGUGCAGCGACAGGCGGCCAACGUGCGGGAAAGAAGGCGGAUGUUCAGCCUCAACGAGGCGUUUGAUGAGCUGAGGGGGAAAGUUCCUACAUUCGCCUACGAGAAGAGGCUGUCCCGCAUCGAGACGCUCCGCCUCGCCAUCGUCUACAUCUCCUUCAUGACGGACCUGCUGGAGACCACCUGAGGGGGAACAGUGUAUAUGUAAACUCCAUUCCAUGGCCACUGGGCCAGAUUGAGUUUACCACCGAUUUCAGCGAGGACGCCGAACUGAUGAACUGACUGCAUUCAAUACUAUCUCAGUCUUGGACUGCAAGUUUAAAGAAAACACCUGAGACUAAGAUUGUCAUUUCCAAAGAAACAUUUUCUGAGAAGCUGCAUCAGUGGCAACAUGUCAUUAUAUCAUUUUAUUAGACUGACGUAAACAGGCUGAGAACACUUUCUCCAAAUAUAAUCCAUAUAAUAUAUGUGACUUAUUGUUGUUAAAAAAAAUAAACGUAUAGGCUGUG